CACCGAUCAGCUGAUCAGAUCCAUCGCCUGUCGCUCAUUCAAGAUGGCGUCUACCACAGUGGCGGCCGCCACGAUACGAGCUGUGAAAGGGAGAAAAAUUCUUUCGACUCGCGCCGCGCUCAUCCUGACACCCAACGCUGUUAAGAAGAUUCAGGAGAUUUUAAAAGACAAGAGUGAAUAUAUCGGUCUUAAGGUUGGCGUACGGCAAAGGGGAUGCAAUGGCUUGAGUUACACUCUAGAUUACGCGAAAGAAAAAUCAAAGCUUGACGAGGAAGUGAUUCAGGAUGGCGUUCGCAUAUUCGUCGAUCGAAAAGCACAGCUUUCUCUUCUUGGAACAGAAAUGGAUUAUGUCGAAAACAAAUUGAGCUCCGAAUUCAUAUUCAAUAAUCCAAAUAUUAAAGGGACAUGCGGAUGUGGUGAAAGUUUUUCAGUGUAGUAAAAUUUAAUUUAACAUAUAUUAUCAUAGUUUCUGAGAAUUGAGUGAUGUGAAAUUACAUGUAAUCUCUAGUUAACGAAAUUUAGGAUCUUUAAAAUGGCUUGUGAUAUACGACCGCAUAUUUCUGUCGUUUUUUCACAGUCGAAGGACUAGGAAAAUGUCUAUGACGCAGAAAACAGAUAUAUGUAACAAUCGUGAUAUAUGUCACGAUUUAAUUUAUCAUUUUCUGUAAGUUUUGUACAUACUUGUCACCCACUGUUACAUAUGUAUUUCAUUACAUACAUAUGUAUUAAUUACAUAUACUUUUUGUUUAUGAAGUGAUCAUUAUAAGAUAGUUAAAAUUUUA